CAAGUAUAUUUGUGGAUUUGUGGAAGCCACAAGGAAAAAAAAAUCCCUGUAGAAAUUGUAAUGAUCCACCCUUAAGGAGAAGGAAGCACCUAAGAUUUUUGCUCAUUGGACAGGAGUGACAAAAGUCAGAGGGUCCACUAAAGGUCAGAAAGUUUUAUUAGUCAUUUUCACACUUGGCCUGGGCUUUGUUGGGAGUUCCUUUCUGGGGAUAUGUUUCUUCACCCCAAAGGUAUAUUUCUUGCCCUCUGCUCCGGUCAAAGCUUGUUCUUUCUCAUGGUGUGUCCAUACCAGUAGCCCUUGGUUACCACCAACAGUUCUUCUGUGUUACUGCCAGCAGUCCCUGGUUGGCUCCAGAGCCAUGUGGUUAUCAGUGUUUGAGACAUGCACAUUAGCCCCUUGUCUUCUGGGAGUCGAGCUCCGAGGGUUUCACUUUGGACCACUGUUUAUAGAGUCACAAGAAGAAUGGGCUUUAGUGACAGUAAUUUUCCAUCCUGACUGCAAUUUGAGUUGGUAACUUUCUCUGAAUUUUCAGUAACAAAUAAACUAUUCCACUUGGGUUGUUAUUCAGGCAAGAAAAAGAAGUUUGUUAUAAAACAGGAGUUCAUUAGAUACCUGUUAGUUCCUGGCGACAGUGGUGAGCCUCAAGAGAGGCUUAGUCCAGUGCAGUUGGUUCAAGCUGAGGCCUGGUUAAUAUUUGAGAUCACAGUGUGGCCUGGAUGCUCCAUUACAAUUCACCCCACAACUGAAGUCAGCUUCCCUGGGCCUCUAGAGUUUGCAACUAUUGUUAUUCCUUGGAAAUGUAAUAUCUGUAAGAAAAAGGGAGCUUCAAUUGGAUGUGUAACUCCUAAAUGCAAACGAAGUUAUCAUUUUCCUUGUGGGUUACAAAGGCAAUGCAUUUUCCAGUUUAUGGAAGACUUCAGAUCUUACUGUUGGGAACAUAGACCAGUCCAAGAGUUUAUGGAUAAAGAACAUAGAGGAGCUUCACAGUGCACAAUAUGCCUGGAUUUGGUUGAACAUCUUCCAGUGUUCGCUGUAUUGAAAAGUCCAUGCUGUAAAAAUGCUUGGUUUCACCGAGAAUGCUUACAGUAUCAAGCUUUGAGUGCUGGGAUAUUUUUCUUUAGGUGCACAGUAUGUAAUAACAAGGACAAAUUUCAAAAAGAAAUGUUGAGAAUGGGCAUACACAUUCCAGAAAAGGAUGCAUCUUGGGAACUUGAAGAAAAUGCAUAUCAAGACUUACUGCAUUGUUAUCAACACUGUGAUGUUAAAAAAUGUCUUUGCAAGAAAGGAAGAGACUAUAAUGAACCUGAUAGUAAAUGGGAAAUAAAGCGUUGCCAGUACUGCGGUUCUCGUGGGACUCAUUUGGCCUGUUCAUCCAUGAAGUCAUGGGAGCAAAACUGGGAGUGCAUGGAAUGCAGAAGUAUCUUUGCAAAAUCAGGGAAGUAUAGCAAACAGAAAAAGCGUGCUUUGGCUACCUCUGAAAAGACAAAUGGAACAACUUGUUUGCUGGAAGAGCCACCUCUGAAGUCCCCUCGGCAGUCAUCUGGAUCUCCACGCAGUUUUCUACUCCAAUCACCAAAGAUAAUGUGCCAGAACUUGUCACCUUGCUCACACCUAGAACAGCCAGCAUCCAACAGAGUGACAAUGUCCCUAUCUCCAGUGAUGUCAAAGAGGAACUGGUCCCUGAGGCAUUUAAGACAGCAAAGAAAGGAAGUUUCUAAUAUACUGAAGGAGUUAAAGGUACAAGUUAAAACAAAAGCAACAAGACUUAACAUCAAUGCAGAAAAUUGUUGGAGUAGUGCUUUAAAAGGAUUUAGACAGCGCAUCUUCAGUCCUACAAACACUAUUGAAGUAAAUUUCUCAAACUGCAAAAAUAGAUCAAAGACAAAUACUUCUGCUGUAUCAAAACACCAUUUCUUCCAGUUAUUAAUGCUUCACCUUCAGAAUUCGUCAUUGUUUGAGGGCUCUUCUGGAAAGAACUUGUCCUUUGAUUUUCAAGCUGUAAAAGAAAAUCUUUAUUUUGAAGCUGGUAAAAUGAUUGCUGUUUCUCUGGUUCACGGUGGUCCACCUCCUGGUUUCUUUUCUAAAACACUGUUCAGUUGUCUUGUCUAUGGUCCAGAGAAUGUGAAGCCAGCUUUGGAAGAUGUUGCUGAUGUUGAUGUAGCACAAACAAUAAAAAUGAUAAAAUAUGCAAAUAGUCUGUCCAGCCUACAGUCUACACUACAAGACUGCUGUGAAUGCCUCGCUGCUGCUGGAUGUUUAAGACCUGUAACAGCUUUGUGUGAUAAGAACAUGCUUGUGAAUGACAUACUGAUCUAUCAUGUAAUCAAGAGAAUUGCUUUACCCUUAGAAAGUUUUAGGCAGGGUUUGAAAACACUUGGUGUUCUAGAGAAAAUGCAAAAGCACCCACAUGUGUUCUCUAGCAUAUUUUGCCACAAACCUGACAGACUUUCAGCGGAAACUGUUUGCGAUCUCUUUACAAUCCAUUCCUCAUCAGACGAAGGUGCUGAUUUUUGGAUGGGCUAUCUGCAAGAUGUGGAAAGUGGUGACUCCCUAGUGACAUUGGAGGAUAUUCUGCUUUUUGUAACAGGCUCCUAUUACAUACCAUCUGUUGGUUUUGAUCCUGAACCUACUCUUAAAUUUUUGCGUAUAAGGUAUCCCAUUGGAAACAGACUUCUUAAUUGCUUAGAACUUCCUAUAACAAAGACAUAUCAGCAGUUCAAAAAUAAAAUGGAGCUCACCAUCAGAAACACACUAAGGGUUGAAAGGGAGUAUUUUUGCUAUUAAACUGAAUGUUGUAAAUUUGAGUUUUCUGUGGGAACAUCUGCUUUCAGUUCGCUACUGUAUUUUUGGACAACGUGCUUUUAGUAUUUUCUAACCUUUCCUCCAAAAUUAUGCUAAAAGUUGUAAUGUUAUGAGAUGAAAAACAAUUUUCAAAUGAAAAAAACUUUAUCUCCUGAAUAAUUUUUUUUGAAGUUGACUUUAAGAGUCCUACAUCUCUUGCAGAAGUAGUUUAAAUGUCAGCUUUUGCUGUAGACAGGUAUGAAAUGUUUACCACACUCUGUAACAGGUAAGUAUGUGGAUUGUAUCAAAUACUUAGGUAACUUAUUUAUCAAAAACAAACCAAGUACAUUUUGAAGAUAAUUGCUGAAGAGCAUUGUCUUGCAUAAAACUGUGAUGCAGUUUUUCAGUUCUAUGUGUAUUUUUUCAGUAAUUGUUUUGUAUUGAUUCAUUUACAUUCUGAUGGUUCAUAAAAACCUAGGAAAAUCAAAAUACUUGUAGAUUUAUGGUCAUUGUGGCUAGUGCAUUGAAGGUCUGGAGAAAACAGGUAAAAUAAUACAGCAUAAGAACAAAAUUCAGUUGAACUUGUGUCUGUUUUUAAACAAAAUUUUUGACAUUUGCACAUUUCUGCAUUCUACUGUCAUACAUUAAUUUUUAAUUACUCAUAGAGUCAAAAUAGUAAAAACCAGAAGGAAAUAUUGAACAUGCAACAAUAAGUGGUCUUUCAAAGGGAAAUAUAGGAGUUGGACUUAAUGUUGAGUAUGAAAGAAUAAAAGUUCAUUGCUCAUUAAAGCAUGUUAACUUGUCUUCCAUUAAAGUAUUUUCAUUUGACCAUGCACUAAAACUCUCUGUUAAAUUAAAGGCAGUCUACUAUCAAGCUUGUCUUGGCCUGACACUUUUCUAGCUUUGAUUCUAAAUUCUUCCAGUUCAGUUGUAGGCACAUUCUGGACACUGUAUAAAAUUUAUCUUAGUGCUCCAGUAAUUUGUGCAAAUGGCUGGGCUAUUAAGCUGUAAAAUAUAAGUAGUGAAAUUCCUAUAUAGCAACACUUUAAUGUUGCUAAUGCUAAAAUUAUGACAUUAAAAGGACAUUUAAAUACGUUCUUUUAAAAUGUAUGCUGCUCUCUGUUUUGAAAUUAUACUAUUUCCUUCUGUUAGUUUUGACCACCUGUGCUAUAUGUCCUUAAUGUAAGCUGUGCUAUAGUUGUAAUAUAGAUACAUAUGUAUCUCUAUGUGUCUAUGUGUAUGCACAUUCUUCAAAGUAUUGGAAAGUAAUCAUACACUUUUAUUAAUGUAGCUUGGUUUGAAUUGAAAAUAUAAGCAGGAUUGCUUUACAUUUGAAUUCCUUGGAAGGAAGUAUAUCCACAGUAAUUAUAAAUUGAUAGGUGCUUCUGAAAAAAUAAUAGAAAGUCUAAGGAAAUCAUUGCAAGUCUUUGAUCAGACAUUUCUCAUUACUAAUGCCUAAAACAAUCCAAUCUCAUCAGUCUUGUCAUAAUAAAUUUAAGAAUAUUAGAAAUUAAGACAGGAUUAACAGUAGGUUCUGCUUGUUGGCCAAAAACAUAUUCAAGUUUCCAUUAAAAUAAACAUAUCAUCUCUUGGAAAAUGUAAUUUGACUUGUUUACAUACUAAGUAUUUUCUCAGUGUCUUCUGUUCUCCAGUAAUAUUGUGUGUUUCUGAUCUUUGCAUAAUUUUUGACUCUCAUUCUGCCAAUAAAUUCUUUGUAUUCUUAGCCUUCACAUUAUAGGAAGAGUGGUUGGGUACAAAUUUGUUUACAUGAUAAGGAUUCAUAUUGUAUGUUUGUGUUUUAAAAAUAUAAUGAGUUUCCUGCAGAAAUAAUGUUAUACUUUAAAAAUUAGUGCAGUAUUUGUUUUUCUUGCCUAGCUAAUGAUAAAUGUGUUCUGUAAUGUUAUUCUUCCAUUUGAGAAUUACAGAUUUUACAAAAGUAGCAAGCAGUGUGAGUAAUUUUCAAGGACGAGGACUUUUGGUACCUGCAGUGACAAGAGAAAUUGUUCAAAAUCUGGAACCAAAUAAACAGCAUUUUAAAAACUUCAAUGGAGAAAGAAAUAAAACAAUGUGAACAUAAGUCUUCAAAACAUACCUGAGAUUAUAGAGUUCACGUCUUUUACUGCUGAAUACUUUUGAACUCAGCAGUUAAAAGGCUUUUAUAUAAAUGUAGAACUAACCUAUAUGCCAGGUGUAAAAAAUAUCAACUUUAAAACUAUCUGCUAUACAAUGCUAUAUCCAAACACUGAAUUUGUAAAACGAGUAAAAACAUAGCAUGUAAUAUUGCUUGAAAGGGUUUUUCUUGCACAGAUUUUGUUCCCAUUGUGUAAUACUGACAUGUACCUGUUCAGGACAAGUUGUCUUUUCCUUUUCUGUUGAUUUGAUCAGCUCUAUCUAGACAGUCCAAUAUAAUACUUCAUAUGUUCAAGUUGUAUUCCUGAAUGGUGCUAUGGAAAGGAAUUUUCUCAUAUUCAGCAUUUAUUUGUAUAGACCAGUCACAAAUUUGAACUGUUCAUUAGAAUUCCAUUGAAUAAGCUAACUUCCAGGCAGAAUUGCCUGCCUUGUCUUGACAUUGUAAGAGCAAUUUAUAUAGCUGUAAGGACCCUAGGUUUUUUAUUGUUGUAGCAGAUCACUGAAAUGCAAUAUUAUGGGGUAGUUUUCAUUUUACAUAAACAUAGCCUGAGGCACACCUGAAAGCAGGCUGCUUACUUUCAGUAUUUCUGUAACACAGGGAGAAUAACUGUGUGUGGAUCAGUUGUGUAUUAAAUAUAUUCUUAUAGAAACUGCAUCUUUUAUAAGAUUUGUCAGCAUCAUGAAAGAACUUAUUGCAGUCCUUUUUGUGUUUGGCCAAAAAACUUCACCCCACAGUUUCUGCAUCAAACAGUUUCAAUCUGGAAUUGGCACAUCAAAUAAGCUAUAAUUUUCUACUAAAUGGUAAUAUAUUUAUAUUAGUGGUCUUAAUAUGGUCUCCUUAAUGUAGAUGUAACCAAAAACACCAUCAAGUAUUUUACCUCUAUGUUUGAAAAACCAAGGAAUAAGAAAUUUGUGACUUGCUUUUUUACCCACUCAGAGGAUGCUUGUCAUAAAAAGCUGUUAGCUUUUUUAGCUGAAUGAAGAGUGAAAUAUAGUCCAACGGAGAAAAAAUUUGUUCAUACAAAAAGUCUAAACCAUUGUGUGCUGUACCUUUGAUUAUUUUCAUUAACAUGAUAUGUCCUGGAAUUUGAAAACAUGAUAAUUUUGAGAGUAUUAGUUAUUAAUUCACACUCACAUUCUGCAGAUGCAUUUUGAAAAUAGUAUCCAAAAAAUUAAAAUAGAAGUCUACAAACUAUGACUUUCAAGUAUAUUUUGAAUCUAUUUUAUAUGAUAAAACAUGUUUAAAGCUCAAACUUUACUGUUUCUUACCUAAGGGAAUCACUAAUAAGAAAAAAGAAAAAUUAAAAUAUGAUUUUGGAGCAUCAAAGCAUAUAUAUAUACAGAAAGUAAUUUUCAAAAUGUUAAUGAUUUUUAAAAAGCUACACUCUAACCCUCUGAUUUUUGUAUUACAUAAGUAAUGUUAUUUUUAAAGUUAAGGUAUUUAGAAUGUUAUGCAAUCCAAUGUAAUUUUGUAAAUUUUUCUAGCUCUAACUUGAACUCUGCAGGAUCAGUGCCUAAACUGUUGCAUCUUGAAGCAACGUUUCGUAGCAUCAGUGUUGAAAUAAUCAGUAAUUAUGGGAAAUACCGUGUAUAUGUCCAAAGUGCAAUAAAAGGUUAACUACGUA